CUCCCCGCGGCCGGCUGCCCGCUUGGUAUUAUGAUUAGUGCUGGGUGCGGGGAUUCGGCGGCCGGGAGGGAGUUGUCGGCGCCGCGGCCGCUGCGGACGGAAGCCCGCCUGCUUGCUGAGAUCAUUUCCUCGUCUUGUUUUCCUGUAUAUCUGCUUUGGGUUGAGGCCUUCCAUCCCGUGGGAAACCAUUUCUUGCUGGUGGAAGGGGAGGAACCUGACUAAAGAGGAUUCCUGCUCUGCCUUCCCUGAAUGUUUAUUUCUCUGCGGUUACUUCCAGAGCCUUCUGAGAUUCUCCUUUGGCACCUCCAGCGUUUGGCCUCCGCUCAGGAAAAAGAAGAGACUAACAAAACACAGUAAUAACAAGGAUUACUGCACAUGCAGUUUGCAGGAUGUCCAUGACGAUAUUGAAAAUGAAUUCCUUAUUUUCACCAGAUAUAUGAGAAGAUCCAUUUUAAACAGUCUAAAUAUUUUUCUCACGUUGGCCCAGCAUGGCAGGAUUCAAGCGAGGGUAUGAUGGGAAGAUUGCUGGAUUAUAUGAUCUGGAUAAAACCUUGGGUCGAGGUCAUUUUGCAGUGGUUAAACUUGCCAGGCAUGUCUUUACAGGUGAAAAAGUGGCAGUAAAAGUUAUUGACAAGACAAAAUUGGACACACUAGCCACUGGCCAUCUUUUCCAAGAGGUGAGAUGCAUGAAGCUAGUGCAGCACCCCAACAUCGUGCGCCUCUAUGAAGUGAUUGACACCCAGACCAAGCUCUACCUUAUCCUGGAACUUGGGGAUGGAGGAGACAUGUUCGACUACAUAAUGAAGCAUGAGGAGGGACUUAAUGAGGACUUGGCCAAGAAGUACUUUGCUCAGAUAGUUCACGCCAUAUCUUAUUGCCAUAAACUCCAUGUGGUUCACAGAGACUUAAAACCCGAGAAUGUGGUCUUCUUUGAAAAACAAGGUCUUGUAAAGCUGACAGACUUUGGUUUCAGCAACAAAUUUCAACCAGGGAAGAAGCUCACCACAAGCUGUGGAUCUCUUGCAUAUUCUGCCCCAGAAAUUCUGCUUGGUGACGAGUAUGAUGCACCCGCAGUAGAUAUAUGGAGUCUGGGAGUGAUCCUUUUCAUGUUGGUAUGUGGGCAGCCACCCUUUCAAGAGGCCAAUGACAGCGAGACAUUGACCAUGAUCAUGGAUUGCAAAUACACGGUGCCCGCCCACGUGUCCAAAGAGUGUAAAGACCUGAUCACACGAAUGCUACAGAGAGAUCCCAAGAGGAGGGCCUCUUUAGAAGAGAUUGAAAACCAUCCUUGGCUUCAGGGAGUGGACCCUUCCCCAGCCACGAAGUACAACAUCCCGCUCGUGUCGUAUAAAAACCUGUCGGAAGAGGAGCACAACAGCAUCAUCCAGCGCAUGGUGCUUGGGGACAUAGCGGACCGCGACGCCAUCGUAGAGGCCCUGGAAACCAACAGGUACAACCACAUCACAGCCACUUACUUCUUGCUUGCUGAAAGGAUCCUGAGGGAAAAGCAAGAGAAAGAAAUACAAACCAGAUCUGCAAGCCCUAGCAAUAUCAAGGCCCAGUUUAGGCAGUCCUGGCCAACCAGAAUCGACGUGCCCCAGGACCUUGAGGAUGACCUCACGGCCACUCCUUUGUCCCACGCGACUGUCCCUCAGUCUCCUGCCCGGGCCGCCGACAGCGUCCUCAACGGGCACAGGGGCAAAGGCCUGUGUGACUCGGCCAAGAAGGAGGACCUCCCCGAGCUGGCUGGGCCCGCGCUGUCCUCGGGGCCACCGGCCGGCCUGAAGCCCGCGGCCAGUGGGCGGAAGUGCCUGUUCCGGGUGGAGGAGGACGAGGAGGAGGACGAGGAGGACAAGAAGCCCAUGUCCCUCUCGACCCAGGUGGUGCUGCGCCGCAAGCCGUCCGUGACCAACCGGCUGACGUCCCGCAAGAGCGCGCCGGUGCUCAACCAGAUCUUCGAGGAGGGGGAGUCGGAUGACGAGUUCGACAUGGACGAGAACCUGCCGCCCAAGCUGAGCCGCCUCAAGAUGAACAUCGCCUCCCCGGGCACAGUGCACAAGCGCUACCACCGCCGGAAAAGUCAGGGCCGCGGCUCCAGCUGCAGCAGCUCGGAGACCAGCGACGACGACUCGGAGAGCCGCCGGCGGCUGGACAAGGACAGCGGCUUCACGUACUCCUGGCACCGCCGGGACAGCAGCGAGGGGCCCCCGGGCAGCGAGGGCGACGGUGGCGGCCAGAGCAAGCCGAGCCGCGGUGGCGGGGGCGCGGACAAGGCCAGCCCCAGCGAGCACAGCGCCGGCGGCGGCGGCCCUGCGGGCGGCUCGGGCGGCGCCCCGGGUGGCACGUCGGGUAGUGCGCGCCGCUGCGCCGGGACCGGCUCGUCCCCGUCCACGCAGCUGGCCGCGCGCGGCGCCGGGGAGCUGGUGGAGAGCCUCAAACUCAUGGGCCUCUGCCUCGGCUCGCAGCUGCAUGGCAGCGCCAAGUACAUUCUUGACCCGCAGAGUGGCCUGUCCUUCUCCAGCGUGAAGGUGCAGGAGAAGUCCGCCUGGAAGAUGUGCAUCGGCUCCGCCGGCGGCGCGGCGCCCACCCCGGCCGGGGGCGGCAUGAAGUUCUUCUCCGACCACGUGGUGGACACCACCGCGGAGUUGGACCGGAUAAAGAGCAGGAACCUGAAAAACAACGUGCUCCAGCUACCUCUGUGCGAAAAGACCAUCUCUGUGAACAUCCAGCGGAACCCCAAGGAGGGGCUGCUGUGCGCCUCCAGCCAGGCCAGCUGCUGCCACGUCAUCUGAGCUCGGCGCGCCUCCUGCUCAGAGCGGCCAAGACCGGCUCACUCCACUGGUCCCCUUUCGGUUUCCCCUCUCAAAGCGGGCAGUUAUUUAUUACUUUCUCGUUUGUGCGCCUGACGACGUGACAAAUGCAUGGUCUUUGUGCAUGCUGCUAGACACUGCUUUUCUUUUCCAGCCGAAAAGUCGCGUGUCAUUUUUACAUUUAUAAUCUUAAUGUGGAUGAUCAGGACUAAAUUAAAAUGUAUAUUUGGAACCUAAUAUCUAUGGAGCACUUAGAAAUUUGAUGUUCUGCACUUGAGAAAAUGCUUUUCCUUGUGAAAAAUCUAAAUUCCCGCCCUGACCUUCAGUGACAUGGAAACUCCGUGCUCUGAGGCAUACUCUGGUGUCUGAGACAGAACCAAAGCAAUAACCUUGUGAUGCCGAUAGGCCUGGAGCCCGCGAGCGUGGGGUGCCCAGCCUCCAGGGCACCUGUACGGAGCAGAGUGCAGCAAGCGUCUGCACCAAAAACCAUAAAACCAUGAUUUCAGCAUAACCCACACCUGUUUGUCUUAAGCUAUAGUGUGAAAAGUUUGGGCUCUUAAAAUUUAACUGAAAAAGAUGUUCUUGUUUUGUACUAGGUGAGAAAGUACAUAGAUUUAUAAGGCAGCUUCCUCCGUAGUGGUCAGUCACAAGCAGACAAUCUCAUUUUGUAAUGUGAUAAAGUGAACUGAAGAUGUCUUAACUCGACUUCUAGAGUGUGUGUCUGUCUAACAGAACAAAAGGAUGCUUGGUGUAAAUUCUCUUGUGGAGGGCGUACCCCAGGCUUCCUGGACAACCAUGUAGGUAGAAGGAACGCUGGGGCCUAAGUAACAUGGAAGCAAAGGUGUUGGCAAAGUCAAAACCCCAUUGAAAAAAAAAUCGGGUAUUUGAUUUUUAGGACUUUGAUAAUUAGGUUGUCUGUUGGUAACUUCCAUUCUUUUAUGUCCUUUAGCUCAACUACCUAUGGGAAUUGGCUGAUUAAAAAGAUUAAAAAGGUUAAAUACACAGCCAACAAAAAUGCACAAAGCCUGCUUUGUUUUUUGUUUUUGUUUUUUGCUGGAAGUGUUUUUUACCUUACCUUCCUGCCAAAAUAAUAAUCAAAGAACUCUUGCUUUAAAACUACUCCUGUACAAGACUACUCUUGACCAGAUAAUCAUCUUCUGUGGCUUUUAUCUUGUAGGACACAGUCUCAUUUUGGGAAGGGGCCAGAUGCUACUUUUUCUUGCUGUGCCCAGAGGGUCUUAAAAGCAACGCUUAAGUGACAUUGGUUAUAGGAUAUGGCCGGUCCCUCUGGCUUUCUCACGCUCCUCAGCGUCCCGUCCUGUCUGAGUGACGGCCGUCUGGUCUGUAGUGGGCAGAGCGGCGAAGGACCACAUUCCACUGGUCACGGUUUCUCCACAUGUACACCGACUCUGCUACUUUAGGAUUCAUGUAUUUUACUCAGAACUCUGAAUUUCACAGUACGCUUACUAACCUAAGUAAAGAUGAUACUCAAAAUACCUAUUUUACUUUCUAGACCUAGACUAGAUAACGUUUUAAGCUACAGCUCUAGUUCAUUGUGAUAUUUAUAAUUGAAAGCUAUGAGAAUAGAUGUGUGGGUGAAGCCAUAGAACAUAUUUGCUUGAAAUUUAUUGAGCAGGGAUCUUACAAAGGGCCAGAAAAAAGAUGUGUGGUUCACACAGAUAGUGAGCGUAACAUCUGUAUUAAAUGUCGGAGAGAAGUUUAUAAAGGGCAUUGGCAAUAAACUCUUUGUUGCAGCUGUUUUCCAAGUAAUGUAAAUACUUUUUCCUGUGAUUAUGUAUAGCCUUGGAAUGGCACCUUUUAACUAACCCAUAUGUGUUUGGUUUUCGAUCGUUUUUUAUAUUCAGAUGUAUAUAUGGUGCUCACUUUUAGGAUCAGCAGUGUUGACCAUUUAUGCUGCAUAGCUGUAUCAUAGCCUUAUUAGUCGUGUGUGGUUGGUUGGCCCUCUGGGUAGACAGAUGUCAGUCUGAGUGGCGUCUUACUCCUUGUUCAUCAGUGAAUGACUGUGCCUGUGUUGUAUGUCAUAGUAUGUCGUCACAUAAAAGGGAGGGAGCAAAUAACCAUUAUGUUAAGAUAAUAUUGGACCAAACGACUUACUUGCUCUAAAGUUUCUUGUACCCCUUAACCUGUCUUCAGAAGUUGCAGUUACAGUAGUGUGUAAAUUAAAUAUUGUGGAAAAACAAUUAGUCUUGUAUUUUUCUGUAUGUGUGUGUGUAUAUAUAUAUAUACAUUAUAUAUAUAUAUAAAAAAUUAUGUACUUCUGGCAAUUCUAUCUGUAUUUAAAGUUGUGACAAUCUUGACACCGAUUUUAAGAAUAGCCGUGAGACUGAAUCAAAUUAAAGCUGUCCCUUCCAAGUUAGAAUCGAUGUGUGUUAAGAGGGUACAGAAUUGUCAGCUGAUUUUGGCUGGUUGCUUCCACUGCUGGUUGGUUUUCCGCAUUGUAUAAACAUUGACAGGUAUGUGAUACAUGGGAAAAAACAAAGUCCAGACAAUAAAGUGGCAUAUUGGUGUUCAGCAAUAUAAA